AUGUGGCGCUUUCCAUCGGCUGUGAAGUCCUUGGCUAGCGAGACCGACUUCGAGUAUCGGGGAGAGGACGCAGUCGUGACGGAUGACGACGUUCUCCUGACCAAUGUUUGCUUGAGGCCCAUUACCUGCGAGUCCUUCAAGGAGUGCAAGCCCAGCUCUGAUUGGAAGCUGGUCGGGGAUGCUGCCACCAAGCCUGGAAAUAGCCGAGAGGAGUGCUGCGUACAGCUGAUGUGCAAAGACGAGGAGUCUUGCGAUUCGACUCAGUACAAGAAGUCGGACGGCUGGGAGACGCUUGUAGGUAGCACGGUGGAUCGCUGUUGCACCCCGAUCCAGUGCAACAUGACGAAGUUGUGUACUGGCAGCCAGUGGAAGCCAAGGGAGGGAUCAGGUCUCCUGGGAUCCACCACCAAGGACUGCUGCGAGCCUCGCAUGUGCAGUGAGUACACCUGCGAAGAGAACACGAAGAAGGGCCGCAAGGGAGCCUACGACACGCUGCAAGGAUCCUCAGAUGGCGAGUGCUGCGAGGAGAAGAGCUGCAAAUCCUUCGACUGUUCCGUCAGCCCUUCCUGGACGGACAAGAAAGACAAGGAUAGCCAGAUGGGCAGCACCUUCAUCGAGUGCUGUGACGAGAAAUACUGCAAGGAUUUCACCUGCGAGCCCUCGUCGCAGUGGAAGGCAAUGAACACCACCCUCGCCGGGGGCACCCAGCGCCCAGGCUAUACCAACGAAAGAUGCUGCGAGCCUCUGAGCUGUAAGGACUACAACUGCAGCAAGCCCAACAUGAAGUUGAGAUCCGGCGACCGUCUGGGGA